AUGCGCCUCUCAACGUCCACCCCGCCAGAGCAUCGCCGCCCCUCGAGCUUAUUAUUGCGUGUCCUGUCCCGCUUGUUCAUCUGCUCCACCAUCAUCCUGGCCAUCAGCGUGGCUUUCAAGACCCGCUCCCGUCUGUCCCUCUUGCUCUCUUCUUUUUCAACCUCCUCAACUUCCUCCUACACCUCACAUCUCACAACCAUGGCCUACCAGCAAGAACGCUACAUUGCCGAGCUCGCCGUCCAGCGGGCCACCCUGCUGACCCAGAAGGUCUUCUUCGAAAAGGCCAAAGGAACCGUCAGCAAGGAUGACAAAUCCCCAGUGACCAUCGGCGACUUCGGCGCCCAGGCGUUGAUCAUCCAAGCCAUCCGCAAGAAUUUCCCCAACGAUGAAAUUGUUGCCGAGGAAGAAGCCAGCUCCCUCCGUGAAGACAAGAGUCUCAGCGCCGAGAUCUGGAGACUGGUCCAAGACGUCAAGCUGGAGGAUGCUGAGAGUGAUAAGAUCCUGGGUGGGCCCAUUACCAGCGAAGAGAGCAUGCUGGACACCAUCGACGCGGGCAAGAGUGCCGGCGGGCCCAAGGGUCGUAUCUGGGCUCUGGAUCCCAUCGAUGGCACCAAGGGCUUCCUUCGUGGCGGCCAAUACGCUGUCUGCCUCGGUCUGAUUGUUGAUGGCGACGUCAAGGUUGGAGCCAUUGGUACCCCGAACCUGCCUGUCGAUGAUGCCGCCCCCAUUCAAUCUAGCAUUGGCGCCGAGCAGUCCGAUGCUUCUUCCAACGGUGUCCUUUUCUCCGCCGUGCUAGGAGAGGGUGCCACGAGCCGUCCCUUGACCAGCGGAGCUCUUGCCGAGAGCAAGCCCAUCUCUAUGCGUCCGGUUCCCGACAUUGCACAAGCAGUCUUCUGCGAAGGUGUUGAGGCCGCUCACUCUGCCCAGGGCGACAAUGCUGCCGUUGCUGAGCGUCUUGGAAUCACCGCCCCCAGUGUGCGCAUGGAUUCCCAGGCCAAGUACUGCUCUAUUGCCCGCGGCGCAGGUGACAUUUACUUGCGUCUUCCCGUCAAGAAGGAUUACCAGGAGAAGAUCUGGGACCAUGCGGCUGGUGACAUCAUCGUUCGCGAGGCCGGUGGGCAGGUCACCGACAUCUACGGCAACCGCCUGGACUUCAGCAAGGGCCGGACCCUCGCUGCCAACAAGGGAGUUGUUGCUGCUCCGAAGGCUCUGCAGGAUCAGGUCAUCGAUGCGGUGAAGACUGUCCUGAAGCUGUAA